UCUGGAAUAGAAUUACAAAACCCUAGAAAGAACCUACCCCUCCUCUUCUUCCUCUUCUCCGGUGAUGAUGGCGAGCGUUGGUGGUCGAUUCAGAGAGCUCUUGAAGAAGUACGGCAAGGUUGCAGUGGGAGUACACUUCUCAGUCUCCGCCGCCUCAAUCUCAGGCCUCUACAUCGCCAUCAAGAGCAACGUCGACGUCGAGUCCAUGCUCGAGAAAGUCGGUUUCCCAGCCGCCAAACAAGAAGAAGAAGAAGAAGAAGAAGAAAAAACUAAACUUCCCCAAUCGAAUCCCGAUGGAUUCAUCUUCGAAGAAAUGGAGUCGACGGUGACGAUGAUGGAGAUGAAGAAGAACAAGAAUAGGAAUCGGACGGCUGAGUUGGCUACUUCGAGCGGCGGAGCACUUGCUCUCGCCGUUCUCUGUAACAAGGCUCUUUUCCCUAUUAGGGUUCCGAUCACCAUCGCCCUUACGCCACCUGUCGCGAGGUUCUUGGCCAGGCGGCAAAUCAAGAACAGUGUAUGAUCUCUCUCCUUUUCAUAAAUUUUUUAUUUUGAUAGUGUUUUCUUUUAUUGAAUUGGGAAAAAAGAAUGAGAGAGAGAGAGAUAUGAAAUGUGGAAGUUGUUAACUUUAUUUAUGGUGAGUUGAAAUUUGCUCAAUGUUAUGUGAAUUUAAAUGGAUAUUGUUUCUAUGUAUUGUGUAACAGUCAUAAAUUGAAUGAAAUUCUUGGCUUUUCUCAGCUGUUGUUUU